GGCAACUUGGCUUGAUCUUCCGGCCAAAGUGAGCCCUCGCGUGCCCUGGUGCGGUUCGCUUGUACCACCACGCGCCCAUUUCCCCGUCUCAUGGCCGGUCUGACUCUCUUUGUGGGCCGCCUCCCGCCUUCCGCCCGCAGUGAGCAGCUGGAGGAGCUGUUCAGUCAGGUGGGGCCGGUGAAGCAAUGCUUCGUGGUCACUGAGAAAGGGAGCAAGGCCUGUCGAGGCUUUGGCUAUGUUACUUUCUCAAUGCUGGAAGAUGGUCAGAGGGCCCUUAAGGAGAUCACCACCUUUGAAGGUUGCAAGAUCAAUGUGACUGUUGCCAAGAAAAAACUGAGGAACAAGUCCAAGGAAAAGAGGAAAAAUGAAAAUUCAGAGUCUCCUAAGAAGGAGCCAAAGGCCAAGAAAGCCAAAGUGGCAGAUAAGAAAGCCAGACUAAUUAUCCGGAACCUCAGCUUUAAGUGUUCAGAAGAUGACUUGAAAACAGUAUUUGCUCAAUAUGGAACUGUUCUGGAAGUAAAUAUCCCAAGGAAGACAGAUGGAAAGAUGCGUGGUUUUGCUUUUGUUCAGUUCAAAAACCUCCUAGAAGCAGGAAAAGCUCUCAAAGGCAUGAAUAUGAAAGAGAUAAGAGGGCGGACUGUGGCUGUGGAUUGGGCUGUGGCAAAGGAUAAAUACAAAGAUACCCAGCAUGCUUCUGCCCCAGUUGCAGAGAAGAGCUAUGAACCUAAACAUCAGGAAUCAGUGAAAAAGAAUGGCAGGGUAGAAGAGCAAGAAGAUGAUGAUGGUGAAAACGAUGAUGAUGGUAACAGUGAGGAAAAAGAUGAAGAGGAGACUAAAGAAUCCAAGGUGAUCACGCAUGUGCAAAUUCAGAAGAGAGCAGUCAAGAAAGCAACUUCUGCAGAAAACAUUGACGAAGACUGUUCUGAAGAGGACAGUGACUUGGAGGAAGGAGGGAGCACUGACAGUGGGGAAGCACUGGUGCAGAGUGAGAGCAGCGCUGAAGAGCAAGAGGGUGAAGAGGUACAAGUCUCAAAGAAAAAGAAGUUACCCUCUGAUGUGAAUGAAGGGAAAACAGUUUUUAUCAGAAACCUUUCAUUUGACUCAGAGGAAGAAGAACUUGGGGAGCUUCUCCAGCAAUUUGGUGCUCUUAAAUAUGUCCGGAUUGUCUUGCAUCCAGAAACAGAGCAUUCUAAAGGUUGUGCAUUUGCACAGUUCAUGACUCAAGAAGCAGCUCAAAAAUGCCUUGCAGCUGCCUCUCCAGAGGCUGAGGGUAUAGGGCUUAAGCUGGAUGGCCGGCAGCUCAAGGUUGACUUGGCUGUGACCCGUGAUGAGGCUGCAAAGCUUCAGACAAAGAAGACGAAGAAGCCAAUGGGAACCCGGAACCUCUAUCUGGCCCGAGAAGGCUUGAUCCGUGCUGGGACGAAGGCUGCUGAGGGUGUGAGUGCUGCAGAUAUGGCCAAACGAGAGCGGUUUGAGCUACUGAAACAUCAGAAACUCAAGAACCAGAAUAUCUUUGUCUCCCAGACCAGGCUUUGCCUUCACAAUCUCCCAAAGGCCGUGGAUGACAAACAGCUCAGGAAGCUGCUGCUGAAUGCCACUAAAGGAGAGAAGGGGGUGCGCAUUAAGGAGUGUAGGGUGAUGCGAGACCUUAAAGCCGUUAAUGGAAAAACAAAGGGUCAUUCCCUAGGCUAUGCCUUUGCAGAGUUCCAGGAGCACCAGCAUGCCUUGAAAGCUCUCCGCCAUAUCAACAACAACCCAGAAAUCUUUGGAUCUCAGAAGAGACCGAUAGUGGAGUUCUCUUUGGAAGAUCGAAGGAAGCUUAAAGUGAAAGAGCUAAGGAUCCAACGCAACCUGCAAAAACUGGAAUUGAAGCCUGUAACCGAUAAGCCCCAAAAGAAGCCCACAGAACCUAGAAAAGAUAAGCAACAGACGGCAGCUCCAGGCCACACAGAGGAUGCAAGUAAGGCUUGUGCAAAGCAGAAAGGGAAGGCUGGCUCCACCUGGACAGGGUUCCAGACCAAGGCUGAAGUGGAGCAGGUGGAGCUGCCUGAUGGGAAGAAGAGAAGAAAGGUCCUGGCGCUUCCUUCACACCGAGGUCCCAAAAUUAGGUUGCGUGACAAAGGCAAAGUGAAGUCCCUUCCUUCUAAGCCAAAGUCCCAGAUAAACCAGCGGAAGCAGAAGAAACAUCAGUUAUCUCCUAAGCAGGCCCCUAGGAAAAAAGCUAAGGGAAAUAAGACUGAAACCCACUUCAACCAGCUGGUCGAACAAUAUAAGCAGAAAUUGUUGGGGCCUUCUAAAGGUGGACCUGUUGUAAAGAGAAGCAAAUGGUUUGAUAGUUGAUGCUGCCUGCAGACUAAAUAAGGAGCCAUGUCUUUCACAGAGGGAAAAAAGAUCCCAGAGCUGCCCCACCCUUUGUUGGGGACUCCUCAGGUUGUAUACAUCUUUGGUUCCUUCUCCAGUGUGUGGUUGGCUAGCAAUGGAGAAAUACCUGGAAAACAUGCUGAAGCUUUUGUAUAUUACCCAGAUUAUUGUAUGAAGUUGUAUAUGUGAUUGUUACCUAUUAUUACUGUUUCUCAAGUAGAAACUAUUGUAAAACAAAACAGUGUUCUGGAGUACUGAAUUUUUAAGAUUCAUAUUUUGUUAAGGAUUCUGUAAAUGAGGUAUUGUGACUUUUUGGAUAAUAGAUUAUGUCUCAUUUCUAAUUUGUAAGUUUAUUUAUGGGCUUUUUAAAAAUGAGUAUUUUAAACAUUUCUAGUUCAGUUAUAUAGUCUGGCAAGAGCUAAGAACAGAGAAAACUGCUUACUAACCUAGUCUCAAAGGUGGGAGCCCUUGACUUGAAAACAGUUGAAGGCAGUGGGCUUGUCAGCCAUUAGCAUCCAACAGGUGUCUGCCCUGUGAAGGGUAAUGGGCUGACUAGAAAUCAGUUUGCAGUGGUUGAACACUAACUAGCCUGGCCAGUUGUAACUUGAUUUUAUCCCUUGGAACUCUUCCUCCUGGGUACUCAGCUUGUGGAUGAGGUAGAAAAUGCAGGGAGCAUGAAGCAGAGGUUCUAGCCUGAGUGCCAGAAGCCUGUGGAGUCUCUUGAGGUGGGGGAGUAUUUGUUUAGUCAUCUCUGGAAUAAGGAAUUUAAACCAAAUAUUCUCUCAGAUAUUUCCCUACCCUACAUGCUUUUUUUCUAAUUCCUUUUUUCUCUCUCCUCUCUCCUCCC